AUGGCUACCCCGGACCUACAUAUCAGUUUGCUACGUCCUCCCGUCAUUCAGAUCCUCCGCGCAGCAGGAUUCCAUUCCACGCGACCUGCCGUGGUCGAUACCCUGACUGAUCUGGCCAGCCGAUACCUUCUUCUCCUUGCUUCGUCCACUGCCCGGCAUGCGAUCAACAGCCACCCAAUCUGCCCUACGCCAACACUCGAUGAUAUACUUAUGGCUUUACAGGAUGUUGGUGCACUACGGCCUCAAAUGAGCAGGCUAGAGGAAGAUUACCGCGGAGAAGAGGAUAUGAGAGCGCUUGAAGCGUUUCAGGCAUGGUUUAGUGGGCCCGUGAAUACAGAAAUUAGACGUGUCUGUGGGUUUAUUGCGGGCGAGGGAGAGGUCGUUGAUGAAGAUUCACUAGAGAAGGAGGACUAUCUCAGCGCAUUGAAAAAGAAACACAGCAAGACUGGCGAAGAAUCGAGGUUUCAAGGAACAGUCCUUGGAAAAGAUGCAAAAGAACGUCCCAUCGUCAUCGAAGGUGGUGCGGAAUCAAUAACGGCCUGGCGGAUGCAAGUUAAAUCUAGAGAACAAAGCUCAGAACCGGCUUCGUCAAUUAGCAGCAUCUCAAGCAACCUAUCGGUACCGGACGCCAUGGAUAUCUGA